CGAUCCAUAAAAUCCUCUAAUUCUCGCGAAGACUCGCUGAGUUGCAGUAAACUUCAAUGGCUGCUUUACCUCUGGCAACUGCUGAAUUGUGCGAUGCAAAUCCCCAAUUGAUAUUGAAUGGUGAACUUCGCGCAUUCCACCCUACCUUCCAGAUCUAUGGUCGGAGGCAGGUUUUCUCUGGCCCAAUCGUGACUCUAAAGGUCUUUGAGGACAAUGUUCUUGUGCGUGAGUUCCUCGAGGAGAAAGGAAAUGGCAGAGUUUUAGUUGUAGAUGGCGGCGGAAGCAUGCGCUGCGCCAUUUUAGGAGGCAAUCCUGUUCAACAAGCUCAGAAUAAUGGUUGGGCUGGUAUAGUUGUUAAUGGCUGCAUCCGCGAUGUUGAUGAGAUCAAUGGAUGUGAUAUAGGUGUGAGAGCUCUUGGUUCUCAUCCAAUGAAAGCUAAUAAGAAGGGUAUUGGAGAGAAACAUGUAUCUGUAAACAUUGCAGGAACCAGAAUUUGUGACGGUGAGUGGCUUUAUGCUGAUACUGACGGAAUUCUAAUUUCUAGGUCUGAGUUAACUGUUUGAGCUUGCAUGCAGCCUCUUUAUUUCUUAGUGUCACUGGUAAAUCCUGUCUGUUCAGCUUCCAAAUUGCUUGUGUACACUUUGGCUGCAUAUUAAAGAAGGAAUAAUGUAAUUCAAGCUUGCGCUGAUGCAAAGUGUCAAAGCCAGUUAUUUUCAGUGAUGUCAUCCGUCAAAUUUUCGUGUAAAUCAUCUCAACAUUUGAUGUAACAGCUUUAUCCACAUAUUUGGUUGAAUUGGUACCAUCAAUUCGAUUGCUCAACCAUUGCUUA